CCCGCAACCUCACCUCCCCGACCUUCUGCCAUCCUCCUCUCUCCAGCCGACUUCCUUCCUUCUUCCAUCGGCCAAUUCAAUCACCCACCCCAUAAUUCUCUCAAUCUUCUUCUCUACUUGCUUUCUUUGCUUUUAGCCUUUUCUUGGUUUCAAUUCACAAUGGCUUCUCCUCGUGCUGCUUCUCCCUUGACCUCCGGUGCCGAGUCUGGCCCUGACUCCAAGUCUGCCGGCGCUGGCUCCGGUGCUUCUGCCGUCUCCUCCGUCAACCGUCCUUCUUCGCCCACUCCUCCUGGUGGUCCCCGGGCUGCUUUGCGUCGCCGCGCGGCCGCUGACCACAAGGAGUCUCUCCGCAAUGUUCGACCCAGCUCGACUCGCGCUGCUGGCGCCGGCGGUUCCUCGGGCACUAUGCUGAAGCUCUACACCGACGAGAGCCCCGGCUUGAGAGUCGACCCCGUUGUCGUCCUGGUUCUCAGUCUGGGCUUCAUCUUCUCCGUUGUUGGUCUGCACGUCAUCGCCAAGAUCACCCGCAAGUUCUCCUCGUAAAUUGCCCAAUGCUGCCAGCUUGCCGCUAGAGCUUGUCGCCUCUGAAUUAUCUGGACCACCGGUGAUCGGUGGGAUCUACCGGCCAUGGAUCGGAUAAGCCGGAGUUGACCACGAGAAUUGAAUCGUCCAUCAUUUACCCUUCGAAAUCAUAUACCCCUGGUGUCCCCUUUACCCUUUCUUUCUGCGUGCGCCGGUGAUGGAGACAUUUUCGCAACACACGCAUCGUUGACCCAGCGCGCUCUUAUAUUUCGUCCGAACUCGAACCUAUCUGCCGCAUAGGCCGGAACGGAUAUGCUCGACCCAGCAGAGAAGAUUCCCGCGAGGAAGCAAGAGAGGAAUUGGAAGGAAAUGCAAAUGUGUAAUUAUAGUGCUUAUCAAUGAAACGCGAGACUUGAUCAACC